AUGGCGGACUUUACGUCGGACAGCGGGAGCGACUAUGGCUACGACCUGACGACGUCUGAUGAGGAGCAGGUCUGGUCGGUUAUCGAUGAACUCGCCCCAGCGUCGCCACAAAACCGUCCCGCUCCAGCGAACUCUUCGACCCAUACAAGAAACCAAAUCGCAUCGAGCCCGUUCGACCCAAACAACAACCCCGAUUUCGACCCCGAUGCGAGUCUUGUUGAGGAAGCCGUUGCUGCUAUUACCGAUGAUGAUCUGAGUUUUGAUGUUACGGAGCUCCAGGAGGACAACGAUGAUGCUUAUGGCCAGGGUCAAGGCGCUGCGUAUGUGCAGCGGUCUGCCACGCGCAAUGGCACGCCGGAGAGUUAUGAUAGAAGGCUCGCGCCUUCAGUUCCAGGGGACGAUACCGGGCUUGCUUCAUUCGUCGCUACGACCAAGCCCAGGCCCAUGCCCACGUUGCUUCCAGGCCCGGACGUUAGCUACCCGGAUCUGAGUCGUGCGCUAUCUGAUGCCCAAGACGUUGAACGUUCAAAAAGCGUCAAACGUAAUGGCGCAGCCACCGACAACCGGUCCCCAUUGUUGCGCUUUCGCACAUUCCCGAUGAAGCCGUUCUCCGUGUCAGACCUAACGGCCGGGUCGUGGUGCGAGCUUCAGUAUUAUUACACUCUGACCAGACUACCCGGCGGUAGAAAGACGCAGACAGCAGCGAUGAAACGCGGCACCAAAAUCCACGAGAAGUUGGAGCGCGAGCUCUUUACACCCGUUGAGGUGGUGAUCACCAAGAAAGAAGACAACUUCGGCCUGAAGAUCUGGAAUAUGAUUCAGGGUCUGCGCACACUUCGAGACCAGGGCUUCACUCGCGAGUUUGAGGUCUGGGGUAUGGUCGAGGAUAACUUGGUCUGCGGUGUGAUCGACAGAAUGAGUUCGGAAAACCCGGACGCGGAGCUGCAGGAGGACGUCUUGAGCAAUCGUGGGAGUCAAGCCAUCACGAACUCACAGCCUUACGAGUUGAGCACUCCGAGUGAUUAUGAGAUCUUCAUUAGCGAUGUCAAGACCCGGGGCAGCGCCUCCCCGCCGCCACAGCCCCAGGUCCGGGUCUCGCUCAUCCAGCUCUUUCUGUACCAUCGUUUCAUGUCCGAUAUGGCGUCCGAUAGGCUGGACUACAUGCGUGUGUUUGAGCGCUACGGCCUCAACCCCGACGAGCCCUUCUCUGACGCUUUCAUGGCGCAGAUCGGCGCGGUCCAUGACGAAGUUUUCACCGAAGUCGAUGCCGAGACCGCAUCCAUGCUUAGCGACAACGAAGCCGCCGAUGUCGAUUCCAAUGCGGAUUUUGUGUCGGCCCCUUCCAGCCCUUCGCAACUCUCCUUCAGUAGUCGCCCCGAACCGACGCUAAAAUACGGCACUCUCCGCUCCCUCAUAGUAGCAGUCGAGUACCGCUACCGCGGGCGGGACUCCCCGCCUGCGAGCCCCACCGAUCCCCUCACCACGGCGACAACGACCACAGACUCAACCACCAACCCGACCGGCCCCGGUCCCAACCCCGAGCCCGAGCCUGAACCCGAACCCGCAACCGAACCCAAGCGCGGCUCCGUCAUCUGUACGCACACCUUCUUCGUCGAGCCCCAGACCCUCGACCUGUACCUGGCCGAGACGAUGCGCUGGUGGCGGGGCGAGCGCCCGCCGCACGGCGUCAGGCCCGACGAGGCCGGCUUCAAAUGCCGCUCGUGCGAGUUCCGCGACGUGUGCGAGUGGCGCGCGGCUAUGGACCGUGAGGGCCUGCGGCGCGCGGGUAUGAAUAAGAGGGCGCGCGAGGCUGGUGUGUCAUUGGAGCCGGGGGUGGAGGGGGAGGUGGAGGUGGAGGUGGAGGCGGCGGCGGGUGGUGAGGGGGAUAUUGAGGAUGGUGGUGGUGUUGGUGGUAAAAGGGGUGGGCCGUUGAAGGGAGAGGGGAGUAAGCGGAGGGGGAGGCCGAGGAAGGCUGAUAAGGAGAGGGAGAGGGAGAGGAGAGGGAGAGGGAAAUGGAUAUGGACGCGGACCCCGAGGUCGAGGCGGAAGUUGAGGUGGAGCUGGAAGCAGAAGAGGGGGCCAAGAGGGGGAAGGGGGAGACCGAGGAAGUCCAGGCCCGGUUUGGGGGCGUAUAUGCGUAAGGCGCGUGAAGCGGCCACCGCUCAAAUAUGA